AUGGCAGCGAAAUCUGGGAAAAACCCGAAAUCCGUCCCAGCGGUGCAAUCUGUCAAUAAAAGUGUAGCUGAAAUGGACAGUCGUAAACGCAGCCUUCCUGUUAUUGACGAUUUUGACUUUUACGCCCAACUGGCCAAAUUGAUGAUCCUCAGGAAGGACGACACCGAAGUGGCGUCUAAAUACUCGACGUGGUUGAAAGCCCUGAAAAAUCACACCAACAACGAGACCAAGCGAGCCUAUGUCAAGCUGCUCGUGAUGAGUUUGCAACAUCCCGAGUCGGUGUGCCCGUUCAACGAGUACCCGCCCGCCGUCAUCGAUCCUCUGGACUGCACAUUGAUGGACAAAGCUAUAACUAUAAUUCAAUCCGCUGACCCCUCUUGCAAAGGAGUAGUGUUGAAUCCACCUGUCAUAUCGGCUGUGUCGGAAGACAGGUGCCAGUACGCGGCAUCGCAAGUAGUUCCCAAGGUGGGCAUUCAGUGUUAUUAUGCCAGAGCUGACUAUCCUUUGAGUGAUUGGAAUUUUUCGUAUGCGUCGACAAAACCGCCGAAACCAAUGCACGCUUCUCCUCUGGACUGGGAACGUUCCCUGGCCGGUAUUUUCAGAAAACCCAUCUCGACCGCGUCCGGGAACGCAUACAACAUCGAUACAAUAUCAACCAUGACAGCCGAAUCGAAACACGUCAAAUUUGCUCUGAAAGACGCGAAUGAAGCGUGCAAAAUAAUCAACGUCUUGUUCCCGGAGAGCAUCGACUUAGGCACAAACGUAUUCAAAUGGAACGACAAAAGUCUGUUGACGGGCGAAAGUAUACCCGGCACAGAAUUAUGUAUCGAUUGGAUGGUUCACGAACACGAGAAAACGCAAUUGGAGAUCGACGAAGACAUUCUGAGAUCGUUUGACAAAUUGUAUCCAGGAAAUUUCCGCUUGAUAGCUAAUCCAGAAUUAUUGGAGGGAAUAUACAAGAAAUUGCAGUGCGCCAGUGAAAAUUUGAAUUGGAUGGACAACCAGUGUAAGAAAAAUGAAGCGCCUCCACCCAGACAGUGUGCAGGCAACGAUCAAGGUCCAGUCUUGAAAUACUUUAGACAAGUCAAAAGAAGUCAUUGGGACAUCGACUUUAUGUCGACCGAACAACCCGAAGAAUCGAUAACAGAUUUGUCAGAAAUGGAUGACACAAAGGAGUUAAAUGAUUGUAAAAUAUCUCCAGCAGAUUCUUUGGUGUCAUUACGUUUCACGCCGACUAAAAAAAUGGAAGAAGCCGAAAGUAGACUUACGAGUACAGACUUAACACCGACAAUACUGUCGUUCGCCGAAGCAGCAAAAUUUUUCAACGCUGUAGCAAAUAAGGCAGAAAUUACCAUUAAAGAAGUCAAUAACUGGGUGAAAGACAAAGAGAAACAAAAAUAA